AUAUUAAAAAUUAGAAUGUUAUUGUUAUAUAGAGAGAAGAAGCGUCCGGUUCGUAUCUCUCCUUUGGUAACAUAUUUUAUUUUUUGGUAUUUUAGGGGAUACCUGGUGAUUGACAAACAAGUCUCAACAAGAUAUAAAGAUUAUGUACAAGAAUCGUCUGGGAAUCUGAAAUCGCCUAUUUCGUGUAUAGUGAUAGACUGCGAUGCUAAUACCCUAUGUGAGGUAGUUGAAGGGGAAAUUGGAAACAAUCACAUAAUAAUUGGUAUUCAACCAAGAAAUUUGUUGCUAAGAUUAAACUAUGAUAUUCAGAUUUAUGUUUCACAACCAGAGGUUUGAUCCGAUUAAACUACAAUCUAAAUAGUUUAAUAAAAAAAAACAGUAAAGUCCUGUAUAAAAGGUAUAUUUAAAAACCCUCAAAAGGGCCACAUCAAAAUCACAUAACUAGUUUUCGACUGGUUUACCAGUCAUCAUCAGUGCUUACGUGCAAUGUACAUGCUAACCACCAAGAUAUUAUUUAACAAAAAUAUGUGGGUCAAAGCCCAGUAAAAGUAGUCCGUCAAGGAAACAUUGGUUUAAAAUGAUACAUUAAGGGCGGAUAUUUAAAAUAUUUGCUAAUCUGCCCUAGCUAACAUCUGAGAUGUGGAUUUGAUUUGUUCACAUGUUGAAAGAAAACUUUCAACAUGUAAACAAGUCAAAUCCACAUCUCAGAUGUUACCUAGGGCAGAUUAGCAAAUAUUUUAAAUAUCCGCCCUUAAUGUAUCAUUUUAAACCAAUGUUUCCUUGACGGACUACUUUUACUGGGCUUUGACCCACAUAUUUUUGUUGUGGUUGGCAUGUACAUUGCACGUAAGCACUGAUGAUGACAGGUAAACCAGUCGAAAACUAGUUAUGUGAUUUUUAUAUGGCGCUUUUGAGGGUUUUUAAAUAUACCUUUUAUACAGAAUUUUACUGUUUUUUGUAUUACAUGGUAUACAGCCAACUACAGGAAAACUUUUUGCUUGUAAAGUUUAAUAAAAAAUUGUCGUAUUUCAUUUAUAUAUUUUUAAAUUCAUCUAUUUAAAAUUAUUAACUGUGAAAUGUACCAAUCAGCCUUGUUGUCGAGGUACUUUAUGUAAAUAAAUAAAUAAGCUAUGAAAUAUU